AUGCCACUGACCUCUGACCUCUGCCUCCCAGACGGCAAAAGCUACAAUCAGCCUUUAGGCCUGUUCAUUGAUAACGAAUUCCGUGAAAGCAUAAAUGGCAAGACCUUUGAAGUUGUGAAUCCUUCCACCGAGGAGGUCAUAGCCCACGUCUCCGAGGCCGGAGAAAAGGACGUUGAUUUGGCUGUGGCAGCCGCACGACGAGCGUUCAAAGGCCCAUGGUGUACAACAAGCCCCGAAGAUAGGGGAAAGUUGCUGCGCAGAGUAGCCGACCUGAUCGAGGAGAACCUCGAUCUGCUGGCCAAGGUUGAGACGCUCAACAAUGGCAAGGCUCAGCAGUGGGCAAUAGGAGAUGUGAAGCACUGUGUCUCCGUCUUCAAUUACUAUGCAGGCUGGGCCGAUAAGAUGGAAGGUAAAGUGAUUGAUGUUGAUACAGAGCGCUUCAACUUUACCAAGCGUGAGCCGUUUGGUGUGUGUGGACUAAUCGUCCCAUGGAAUGCACCUCUUGUCCUCAUGUCCUGGAAAGUGGCUCCAGCUCUUGCAGCUGGCAACACCGUCGUCGUCAAAACCUCAGAGCUAACUCCACUGUCUGCCCUUCUACUUGCUAACUUAUUCAGACAAGCGGGAGCUCCGGCCGGUAUCUUCAAUGUCAUCUCAGGCUUCGGCGCUGUGGCCGGCGCCGCCCUUGCCUCUCACAUGGACGUUGACAAGAUAUCAUUCACAGGCUCGACUGCGACUGGACGUGCCAUCAUGCAGGCGGCAGCCAAGUCUAACCUCAAGCCUGUGACCCUCGAGCUGGGCGGUAAAGGCCCCAAUAUCGUGUUUGAUGAUGCAGACUUCGAUGCGGCUGUGGAGUGGGUUACUUUUGGCAUCUUCUAUAGUUCUGGUCAGGUCUGCUGCGCCGGCUCCCGCGUGUACGUGCAGGCUGGAAUUUACGGUAGGUUUUUGAAGGCGCUUAGGGCAAGGGUAGCCCAGAUUCAAGUGGGCGAUCCAUUCGACAUAAACACAUUCCACGGACCGCAGACCUCCAAGUCUCAGUUUGAUCGCAUUCUAGGGCAUUUAUCUCCCCCCGUUUCACACUUCUCUGUGAAGAAACUAAUUGUCAAUAGGUACAUCAAGAGCGGCGUGGACGAUGGCGCAAAGAUUGAGGCUGGUGGCUCUCGCUGGGGCGACAAGGGCUUUUUCGUCGAGCCCACCAUCUUCUCCGGUGCCUCUCAUGACAUGAAGAUCAUGCGCGAUGAGAUUUUUGGGCCAGUAUGCGUUGUCUCCAGGUUUGAAACCCAGGAUGAGGUAGUUCAGGCAGCGAAUGCAACUUCGUAUGGCCUUGCUAGCGGAGUACAUACCAGGAACAUCGAUCGUGCCCUCAACGUGUCCAACCUCCUCGAGACUGGCACCGUUUGGGUCAACCAGUACAAUACUAUUCAUCAUCAGCUUCCAUUUGGGGGAUACAAAGAAAGUGGGAUUGGUCGCGAGUUGGGAGCAGCUGUGUUGGAGAGCUACACGACCAUCAAGACUGUCUCUGUCCGGCUAUCAGGGACACAGUGA